UGUACCCUUUAUCUCUGCUAUAUUAUUCCUUAUCUCUGUGUUAAGGGUCUCAUUCAUGUCUUUCACUCUUUUCUAAAGUCCAGUGAGUGUCCUGAUGAUUGUUACUUUAAAUUCUCUAUCAGGCAUGUUACUUUAUAUGUGUUUCACUUAGAUCUCCGGCUGAGGUCAUGUCCUUUUCUUUCAUUUGGGAUAAAUUUCUCUGUCUUCCAUUUUGUCCAAGUGUCUGUGCCUGUUGCUGUGUGUUAGGAAAGUCAGCUAUAUCCCCUAUUCUUGAGGAUAAUGGCCUUAUGAAGAAGAGGUCCUACAGUGCCCUGCUGUAUGGUGUCCUCUGUUCUCCAGGGCCUGGUGCUUCCUGGAGUAUCUCUAGUGUGUGCUGCCUAUGCUCUGUUUCUGGUGUCCCGGACAGUUUAUCUGUGAGACCAGUUGUCUACAGAAGCUCUCUUUGCCUGUUGUGGGCAGUGUUUGGUCCCUGGUCUGAAUGUCGCACAUUUUGACUAGGUGUGCUCUGACCUGUGAAGUGAGACCUUUUGCCACCCCUGCUGGAGCAGAAGCUCUGCAAAACUCCCACUUUGGAAGACGCAGUGUGAGCAGGAGUGGACAGAAGAUUGCAGAAAAUCAACCUAUCCUCCUUCUGGACCAACCUAUAGGGGUCCAGUUCCGUGGUAUACCAUAAAUCUCGACUUGCCGCCCUAUAAAAGAUGGCAUGAAUUGAUGGCUGACAAGGCACCAGCGCUAAAGGUUAUAAUGAAUUCCCUGAAGAAUAUGAUAAAUGCUUUUGUGCCAAGCGGAAAAAUUAUGCAGAUAGUGGAUCAAAAGUUGCCUGGUCUACUUGGCAACUUUCCUGGUCCUUAUGAGGAGGAAAUGAAGGGGAUUGCAGCAGUUACUGACAUACCUUUAGGUGAGAUUAUUUCAUUCAAUGUCUUCUAUGAAAUUUUUACCAUUUGUACUUCAGUAAUAACAGAAGACAAACAAGGUCAUCUACUACAUGGGAGAAACUUGGAUUUUGGAAUCUUUCUUGGGUGGAACAUAAAUAAUAAUACCUGGGUCGUAACUGAGCAACUAAAACCUUUAACAGUGAAUUUGGACUUCCAAAGAAACAAUAAAACUGUCUUCAAGGCCUCAAGCUUUGCUGGCUAUGUGGGCAUGUUAACAGGAUUCAAACCAGGACUGUUUAGCCUUACGUUAAAUGAACGUUUCGGUGUAAAUGGUGGUUAUAUGGGUAUCAUAGAAUGGAUUUUGGGAAAGAAAGAUGCCAUGUGGAUAGGGUUUAUCACUAGAUCAGUCCUGGAAAAUAGCACAAGUUAUGAAGAAGCCAAGAAUAUAUUGACGAAAACUAAGAUAUUGGCCCCAGCAUACUUUAUCCUGGGAGGCAACAAGUCUGGGGAAGGUUGUGUGAUUACGAGAGAUAGAACACAAUCUUUGGAUGUAUAUGAACUCAACCCCAAGCAGGAUAGAUGGUAUGUGCUACAAACAAAUUAUGACCGUUGGAAAAGUCCUUUCUUUCUCGAUGAUCGCAGAACGCCUGCAAAGAUGUGCCUAAACCGGACAACUCAAGAGAAUAUCUCAUUUGCGACCAUAUAUGAUGUCCUGUCAACAAAACCUGUCCUCAACAAGCUGACUGUAUUCACCACCCUGAUGGAUGUUACCAAAGGUCAAUACGAAACUUACCUGCGGGAUUGCCCAGACCCUUGCAUAGGUUGGUGAGCACACACCCGGCGUCUAGAAUGCUGUGUGGCAUGAAGGUGGCAACUCACCCGUGUCCGAGUAGUACGGCUGUCUGACCUCCUUCCAAGACUGAGACUCGGGGCAGUUUCUCUUUGGGGCAUGAGUCCACAGACCAUUUUUGCCCUAACAGUUGAUUACUCUCAUUUCCGGUUAACUUCGUUACAGAAACCAAUCACCUAGAAUUUGCGGUGUCACUCCACUUGGACGUUUGGGGACAGGGACCUCGUGGGGCCCCCCUCCACAGAAUAAAGCCAGAGUCCCGGUGGGCACUGACUCCGGCACAUCUGUACACCAUUCCGUCUUUCGCUUUGAUCCACGUAUUGCUAUGGUUUUCCGUACAGCAGUCUUUUCCUUCUGAUUCUUUUCAAAUUAACGUACCAUGGUCUUUGCUGUUUUUGACAGCAAUGUGGAGGAGACAGACAUCCACCUGUGUAGUUCUCUUAACAGGCAGUAGGACUGGAGCCUUGACCCUGAAUAGAAGUACUUUUUUUGGGUUCAUGAAGUAAUCCGUAUGUGAAGGCAGCCUUUUGUACACAGAACUGAAACGUUCCCUUUUUCAUGAUUAGUCUACCUCCCAGUCACUCCAGGCAUUUGUUAACUUCAAAAACUGAGUCCUAGGUUCUGUGAGUUAGUAGUAAACAGGUCAAAGCCUUGUGGAAAUCGAGAGGUGAAUCCAUAAACUCUCACAAAUGUUGUUCACUUAAUACAUUUUUAGUUUGUCUUUCUGAUCGUGUAUUUCUUAAAAACCUUACUAAAAAUGUCUUUCAGAAAUCUGUUUAUGAAAAGCGCUGACGGAAUGUGUUAACCUUUCAAACUUUCACACAGUUAACUGUGAAGUGCAUGCCAGUUGGGUGAGACUGUAUCCACUUCAUUUUGUGUAACGUCACUUGUAUUCAUGACGCUCAAUAAACGGUCGUUGGAAAUAGUGUUGGCA